CAUGCGCCCCUCGUUGACCAACCGGUGACAAUUACUUUGUUACAGACUUCUAUAUCAACAGGCUUCUCGAAAGAGCGUCCCCGCCUCCACAGCCUCUAGCAAGACCCGUAACGAACGUAGGAUGUUUCUUCUCAACACGACCGGCGGCUUUGAGCAGGGGAGAAACUGACAGAGGCUCCCCGGCUGUGUUGCGCCCAACACGGCUCUGACACUCCGAUAUCGCACCUCAAGAACAGAUGAGGAUAUUAAGCCUCCGCUCCCCUCCAACACUUUGUGGUAAUGUUAAUAAAUCUUGAUUUAAAAUAUCAAGCUGUUGUGUAAACAACAUGGAGUCUCGAAGAGGACUGGGCAGCAGAUGACCAACCACAAAGGAGUCGAAUAUGGAGGACCUGCAGCUGAAAAGUGGAGGAACUGGUGCAUCAGGUGGUCAAGAAGAUGAUUCUCCUUUGUAGGAUGGUCAGAGACAAUGUGGAUAAAACAUUAGUAGAGAGCCGAGAACAGAACCACGCAGCUGAGACACAGAGCCAAAGUCAAAACCCCAAAGAACCUGCAGGCCCUGAGCCGAGCGCAGAGAGAGUUAAACCAAACAACCAAGACCCAACAGAGAGGGAGCCAGAUUUACUGCACUGGAACAAACCCAGCUUAGAAGAAGAACCUGAACCCUGGCGCCAGCCGGUGACUGGAGCCGACGCUGACAGCUUGCCCACACACCUCCGUCCAUUCAGCAGCCAGGAAGAGUAUGAACUAGUGAAACUCACAUACCAGCAGCUCCAACACAGUGGUUACUACUGGGGACCAAUGACCAUGGAGGAGGCACACGAAAUACUCACACACGCAUUACUGGGCACCUUCCUCAUCAGAGACAGCGGCCAGCCUGAUGUUUUCUUCACUCUGAGUUACCAAAGCGAGGAGGGCCCAACGAGUGUUCGUGUGCAGCUGAACAACCUGCUCUUCAAUCUGCAUGGCAGCCAAAGGACUUUUGGGUCACUCUUUGCUCUGCUCACUUAUUACACCAGCUCAUCCUGUAAACUCACGGUGCCCUAUCGCAGGCAGCGUCCGGAGAGCCUGAAGCAGACAUCCAGGAGGGCUUUUAUUCGUACAUAUGGAACAGAAAAUAUAAGCACCUUACCUGGAGUGAGCCUUCAAGUUAAAAACUAUGUUACUGCAUACCCACAUUGUAUAUAGAUGCAAAACUGUGGACAGAGUGCAUGUUGCUGUACCAGGAUGUUGUUUGUUUGAUGUUGUUUGUGUUAAUUCAUGUUUUUGUUAGUAUAAAUAACAGACAUACAGAUUGAUAGUAUUUUAUCUGAAAGUUGUUCAAGGGUUAUUUGCACACAUUACCAAAAUGGUAUGAUUUAUACAUGGGAGAUUUUAUAUUGUUUAAAUAAGAACAAUACAUAGCCUCCUGUCAGAAGUCCACACUUAUUAUCUGUGUAUUCAGGAUACAAUUUUAAGGAAAUCCCUUCCUUCCAUGAUACAUGUCAGUUAGUAACUUCCAUAAAAAUGUUCAAAUUGCUGCUGCUGUUUAAAGCUGCAUUAAUUGAUGUCUGGCCACUAGGGGGCAGAAAAAGAUCAAAACAAGCUGACAUAUCGCCAAUUUAAAAGGUUAUCGCUAAAAUAGUAGCAAGUUCUUCAUUUGGAGUGAUGUUUCCGACUACAUGAUGAAUGGAAGUCUAACAUUCUCUCUUCAUUUACUCUGUUUCCUAUGGAAGCCGACAGCCAAAGAAUUGUCACUGGUAAUAAACGGUUAACAAUAGGUCGUUUUCUCUGCAUAAUGGGACAAAUGGAACAACAGUGUUGUUUUCUUGAUAUAAGUUAUAGUACAGAUGAAUCACCAAAUUUGAGUCAGCUUGAAAAGUAUUGAUCAAUGCAGUUUUAAAGAUUGGACUCACCAACACUUGAAAUAAUUUUACAUGUGUAGUUGCUACCUUUAGUUCUUUGGUACAGCAAACAACUGAACUAAAAUGUGAUGUUUUG